CGUUUGUUUGUCCCCUCCGCCCCCCCCCCCGCGAGGAAGUCUUAAAGUGGGAAUUUUUUCCCCAGAGCGGUGCGUGAGGUGCUAGAGAAUAAUGGAGAAGAAAGUGAGCAGAAUCUACCCUGUAUCAGACCCAGGCACAACAUAUUUUCUGCAGAUAACUUGGGAAAAAGAUCUAGGAAUUGGCUUUGAUGUCGUCCUCAGUGACUGUCAAUUGGCUUGGGCUGGAAGAGUGUCUGAGGAUGAAAUAUCUAAGGAGGCUGCUGACAUGGAAAUGGAUCGAGAGAAAUACAUUGAAGAGCUAAGAAGAGUACUGUUGUUUAGAGAAGAACAGACAGAUAAAUACAAUUUUGGUAUUUCGAAAGGAGGAGCAAAUGGAGAUUGCCUUAAUUUUUCCUAUGAAAAGAAUCUGAAAGAUGUUUCUUUUAGACUUGGAGCGUUGAUUCUACAAAAAGUCUCAAGCCCAGCUGAAAUCAUUAGAGAUAUGAUUAGCUAUUGCCUAGACAACGUAAUUCAACUGCAAACCAAAAAUGAACACUUACAAAAAGAGAAUGAAAGACUUUUAUGCGAUGUGGAUGACCUGCAGGGACAGUUACUAAAAUGCGUAGACGCUAAAGAAGAGCUAGAGACUGAACUUUAUAAACGUUUUAUUUUGGUCCUCAAUGAAAAGAAAGCAAAGAUAAGAAGCUUACAGCAGUGUUUAAAAGAAGCUGAAGAUGCUAUAGAGGAAGCCACACAAAAAAGGGAUACUGUAGUUACAUCUGAAAGAAAAGUUGCAGGAGAAGAUUAUGAAGGAAGCACUGACGAGGAAAGUGAAAAUUGCACACAGCCUUCCAUAUUAGUGUCUGCUAAAUCCAGAAGAGACUCGUUACUUGCUGUUCCAGACAUUGCUGAUAUUGCCCCAAGCAGAAAGAGAAGACAACGGACCCAAGAAGCUGCAGGGAUUGAACCAAAGGUGGCAUCAUAUAAGGACCGAAUUUCAGCAAAGGAAAGGCUAGAUGCUGCUCCAUCAAAAUCAUCGGACAAAUGCUUGUCAACAAAACAAAUGCCUUUGGAAACAGAAAAAUCUCCCAGUGAUCCAGAAGAUCUAUUUGAUGAUAUCUAACUAAACUAGAGGAAAACUAAACUUUUACUUCACUACAAGUAGUAAAACUCUUUGAGUUUUAAUUAAUAAUCUGCCUGUCCCAAAGAGAACAUUUUAGAAGAGGAGGAAGGUGGGUUUAUUAGUACUUUGGGAUAACAUUUUAUAUUAUUGUUUCUUUUUUGAAUAAAAGUUUUUAUGUGAGA